AUGCAGAAACCAAAUCUUGAAAACACCGGUGCCCAACUGAGCUUGAAGCUCCUUUCCCAAGAUCCCCCACCCCCCGACCGCCCCGAAUACUAUCAGGAUUCGCGUCUAGCGAGACAUGAAAUGAGUGGGCUUGAGAUCGCAGGCCUCAUCGGCGCUAUCCCAGGUGUCGUUGCGCUUGUUACUAAAUCAAUCGCACUCCUUCACAAAUGUGGCAGCAGCAAGAAAUUCUCCAGUGUGGGCAAGGGUGCUCAUCUGCAGCUGCUGGCCAUCAAAGACCUAUUGAUCACUCUUGACGCCCGGUGCAAGGACCCAAAGAAGGUCCACUGCCUUCUUGGUGAUGUCCGAAACAUCAAACAAGUUGUCAAGGAACUGGGCGGAGAGCUUGAAAAUCUAACAAACCUUCUCAACUCAGUCGGUUUGGCAUGCACCAAGGGUGAGGGCCGAUUUGUUAGACGAGCUCAGUUGCUCUUUUCCGGUUACGAAAGUCAAUUCAAGGAGCAGUUCCAGCGAAUUGAAGCUAUCAAAUCACUUCUCACUCUCAUCCUCACCAAUAGAAUCAAUCUUACCAUUGAGCAAGCGAUUGAAGGUCCUUUGGAGAGGAGGAGAGAGCAUCUCCUCAAGAUUAAGACAAUCCUGCAACCCUGCAAGCAAGAUUUUAUCCCAUCCAAGCUUCCUGGAACGCUCGAUUGGGUCCCUGAACAUCCUGAUAUUGCCACAUGGAUGGAUCCUAAAUGGGAUUCUUCUCUUUCGGAGCGCAAAGUGAAAGGCGAAGACAAGUCAAUCAAAUGCUUGCAACACUUUUAUGGGGUUUGA